GUUGCUUGAAUGCACAUGGUUGCCUUUAUGGAAGAACAUAAUGUGUUUUCCUAUGUUUUGUUUCUAGAUGCUCCUGCCCAACUGAGGCAAAGGAGGCAUUUUGCUCCGUGUCCUGAGGAAUACCAGCACUACUGUGUGAAGGGUAGAUGCCGUUACGUUGCAGCCAGAGAAACACCUGCAUGCAUCUGUGAGAGAGGUUUCACUGGUGCAAGAUGUGAGCGGCUGGAUCUAUUUUAUCUGAGAGGCGACCAAGGCCAAAUUGUGGUCAUCGCUUUGAUAGUGGUGUUGGUGAUGCUCAUCAUCCUGGUCGUGGGCUUGUGCACUUGUGCUCAUUACUGUCGAAAGAGGCGUCUGCAAGAACAGGACGAGGAUGAAAUGGGAGUAUUUGUUAAGGGACUACCUAUUAAAACAGAAGAUGUUCUGGAAACAGACAUUUCAUAAAGGUCGAAAGAGAAGUGGCCAUCACAAGCACAUUGGUUUUGUGAAUGGACUCCAUAGACUCUGUGCCCUGGAGGCAGUUCCCCCACCUUUUCUCCAUUUUCUGUUUCUCCUCUUUGCACCAGUAAAAGAUACUAGCAGAC